GAUAUCUCUCUUCUCCAUGGAUUGGGGAUCAAAUUUGUUAUAGUUCGGGAACCCAUGUGCAAAUUGACAAGCUUUUAGCUGAGAGAGGAAGUGAGCCCAAGUAUGUUGGUCGAUACAGAAUUACAGACUCUAAUUCUCUCGAGGCAUCAAUGGACGCAGCUGGGAGGAUUCGUAUAAUGAUAGAGGCAAAGCUAUCUCCUGGACCCUCCUUAAGUGGCGUCCGUCGUCAUGGCGACAAUAGUCGUUGGCAUGAUGGUGUCAGUGUUGCUAGUGGUAAUUUUCUUGCAGCUAAGAGAAGAGGAGUUGUUGAAGGCAUUGAUUAUGGAGCAACAGGCGAAGUGAAGAAAAUAGAUGUAUCUCGCAUUCAUCAGAGGCUUGAUCAGGAGUGCAUUGUGAUCUUAAGCAAUCUAGCUUAUUCCAGCUCUGGAGAAGUAUUAAAUUGCAACACAUAUGAAGUUGCUACAGCUUGUGCAUUGGCUCUGGGAGCAGAGAAGCUUAUCUGCAUUAUAGAUGGCCCUAUUCAGGAUGAGUGUGGGCGUCUUAUUCGUUUUUUGCCUCUCCAAGAGGCCGACUUGUGGAUUCGCAAGCGAGCUGAGGAAAGCGAUAUAGCCGCUAACUAUGUGAAAGCUGUUGCUCGGGAUGAUCUUACUUGUCUUGAACACAAAGAUACCAAUGGAACUGUCCCUUCUCCAGUGAAUGGGAAUGGUUUUAGAGAUAGAUAUACUGUAAAGUUUCAGAAUGGUGUUGGUUUUGACAAUGGGAAUGGACUAUGGUCUAGUGAACAAGGUUUUGCCAUUGGAGGUCAAGAGAGGCUGAGCCGAUUGAAUGGUUACACCUCAGAAUUGGCUGCUGCCGCCUUUGUUUGCAGAGGAGGGGUUCAGAGAGUUCACCUAUUAGAUGGAACUAUUGGCGGAGUUUUAUUGAAGGAAUUGUUUCAAAGAGAUGGAGUCGGUACAAUGGUGGCUAGGUAUGCAAUAUCCUCUUCAGCAACCUUCUUACCAUGUACAAUAUGCAAUGUAUGCAUGCUGAAUCGAAUCGUUAUCUGGUGA